CUCGCUCGGGAUUCUCGCCUGGUGCCGCAGGGAAAGGCCAACUGUUUGGUCCGCCAUGUUCUUCUCCGCGGCGCUCCGGGCCAAGGCGGCAGGCCUCAUCGCCCAGUGGGGAAGACAUAUAAGGAAUUUACAUAAGACAGCUGUGCAAAAUGGAGCUGGAGGAGCCUUAUUUGUUCACAGAGAUACUCCUGAGAAUAACCCAGAUACUCCAUUUGAUUUCACACCAGAAAACUAUAAGAGGAUAGAGGCAAUUGUAGGAAACUAUCCAGAAGGACAUAAAGCAGCAGCUGUGCUUCCAGUCCUGGAUUUAGCCCAAAGACAGAAUGGAUGGCUGCCCAUCUCUGCCAUGAACAAGGUUGCGGAAGUUUUACAGGUACCUCCAAUGAGAGUAUAUGAAGUAGCAACUUUUUAUACGAUGUAUAAUCGAAAGCCAGUUGGAAAGUAUCACAUUCAGGUCUGCACUACUACACCUUGCAUGCUUCGAAACUCUGACAGCAUACUGGAGGCCAUCCAGAAUAAGCUUGGAAUAAAGGUUGGGGAGACGACACCUGAUAAACUUUUCACUCUUAUAGAGGUGGAAUGUUUAGGGGCCUGUGUAAAUGCACCAAUGGUUCAAAUAAAUGACAACUACUAUGAGGAUCUGACACCUAAGGAUAUUGAAGAAAUUAUUGACGAGCUCAAAGCUGGCAAAAUUCCAAAACCUGGGCCAAGGAGUGGACGCUUCUCUUGUGAGCCAGCUGGAGGUCUUACCUCUUUGACUGAACCACCCAAAGGACCUGGCUUUGGUGUGCAAGCAGGACUUUAAUUUAUAUUCAACUGUAAAUAUGUUCCAGGAGGAAUAAAACAUGAAUCUUCUAUCUACAUAAA